AUGAAAUUUGGUAAUUUUUUGGAGGAAAGGAAGAGACACUUACCUUCUCCGUACGCUGACUAUUGUAUCGACUACAAUCAAUUGAAAGGCUUUUUGAAAAGCAAUGUUUUGCCACAUUCUAUCAAAUCGUCCUCUACUACAGAUGUUGAACAGAAGCGUUCUUUUGCCGAUAUUGUCUCUGAUCGACUGACUCAGCUUAACUCAUGUCUAGUCACGUUCAUCCAGCAACUUGAAGUCGAAGUUAGCAAAGUAUGUCAUUGGUUCGAUGUUGAAUCAGCCCGUAUCAUUAAGGAAGGGCACAAGGUCAAUGAGAAUGUCAUUGUGUUAUUGCCUGAAUCAGAAGCAGUUGCCCACCUCAGACAGAUCAUCAUCUUGGAGCGUUUUGUAUUUCUCAACUACACUGCCAUUACAAAAAUUUUAAAAAAGAGUGAUCGGCACUCUGGCUUAGCUCUUUCAGAGCCAUAUUUACAACGUGUUGCUCAACUUUCUUUUGUUAAAGCGAAUGCACUUAAUCAAUUCAAAAAGUUGAUUAUGAGUCAAAUCCAGCAACAACACCAAUAUACAGAGGGUGUUAAGGAUGUACUACCGCCACCUUCAACUCGACCUGUACGCAGUCGAUCUUCGCAAAUACAACACGCCUCUGCCAAAGCCUUACCGCCUGCCUUUAUCGGCCCAAAUCAAAAAGUACUAGUCUCUUUAUCAGGUCCCCAUGGUACAGACAUUGUCGGCGCUGUGCUGUCUUGUUUGGCUCGUCAUCCAUGUGAUAUUGACGAUGUAAUGCUAUCUCGUCUCUACCACCAAGUUACAUUUGGUGUGCUGAUAACAUUGCAAGAGGAUAACGUAGCGAUGUUUCGGGACUUAGCUGAGGCUGCUAAAAAAUGGGAUGCAAUUUUAACAUAUGAUAUACCAGAUUCUCAAGCCAUAGAACCUGUUGUACGCCAUCAAUCAAGUGAUCGACAAACAGCUGAUCCGAAAUCAGCAUCGACAGUUUUGGAGAAACCUUUGUCACCUAUUUACACUGUUCCUUCUUCGUUGGAAGAAGCACCUUACUCACAACGUGUCAAGUAUGCUGCAACACUUUUCAAUCAAAAUGGCCUUUCUGCUGCAUUUUUGAACAAUUUUACAUUGCUAUUAUUGAAACAUCGUAUUUCAAUUGAGAAAUGGACACGCCUCAACAAACCAUCCUUAUUAUCUUGUGUUGAUUUGCGCCUCAGUGUCCCUCUUGAAACUAUUAUGGAUAAUUUACGUAGUGAACUCAUUGAGCUGUCCACUCGUGAAGGAACUGAUAUUGCAUUUCAAAAAGAUGAUGUGUAUCGUAAGAAUAAAAGAUUGGUGGUCUUUGAUAUGGAUUCAACGCUGAUUUAUCAAGAAGUGAUUGACGAAAUAGCAAGAUAUGCUGGUGUUGUAGAACAAGUUUCAGCGAUCACUGAGUUGGCCAUGAACGGUGAGAUUGACUUUAAAGAAUCUUUAAGACGCCGUGUUGCCCUUCUUGCUGGAACGAGUGUACAAGUGUUGGAGGAGGUUAAGCAAAUUUUGAUAUUCACAGAAGGAGCCAAAUACUUAUGUAGAGCUUUGAAGAAGUUGGGAUUCAAGUUGGCAGUAAUUAGUGGUGGAUUCAUGCCUUUGGCAUCAUACGUAAAAUCAGAAUUAGGAUUAGAUUAUGCCUUCGCCAACCAUCUUGAAGUAUCUGCUGAUGGACUUACACUGACGGGUAGAACGAUUGGCCCCAUUGUGGACGGUAUUCGUAAAGCAGAAUUACUCGAGGUCAUUGCACAAGCGGAAGGGCUUUCUUUGAGGCAAGUGAUUGCCGUGGGCGAUGGUGCCAAUGACUUAUGGAUGUUAAACAAGGCUAGUCUAGGCAUCGCUUUCAAUGCUAAACCUCGGGUACAAGCUCAAGCCAGGGCGCGUAUUAAUCAAAAGAGUUUGAAAUAUGUGUUGACCUUAUUAGGUUAUUCUGACAUUGAUAUGGAAGAAUUGGAAAAGCAAUAA